AUGACGCCAAAUGUCCUUAACGCGUCCUUCUUUCCGUCGUCGCCACCGCUGCCUGGGCAACUGCGCAGCCUUGCGACGGAUAUCGAAGACGACUGGGACGAUGCGCCGUCGCUCAUGCGCAAGCUGUCGUCUUCCUCUCUCGAAGCCUCGGACCUUUUCUCACGUGCGAGCUUUCGGCAGCUGCCAGUGCUCGGGCAACUUCGCCAUCAGUUUGUGACUUUGACACACCGCGGUGUCGAUGAUAUCGCAGCGACGCUUGCGGCGUCGACAACGCUCUACCAUCUCAACCUUGGAUUAUCGCGUCUGCCACAGGACCAACUCCAAAUGAUCCUCUACGCGCUGCCGCACUGGCUGAGUCGCCAGCAGAGCGUGUGCUACGUCAGCCUCGAGGUGACGGACGAAAGCCACAUCCAGAUCAUUGCCGCGAUGCUCAAGACAUGCAACGCACAUGGCGUGCGAAUUGAGCUGUGCGGCGACUCGCUCGGGCUCGGAGCGUGUCAAGGCCUCUUCCGCGACGAAGUCGAAGAGCUCAAGGAACACGCGCGGCUGCACAACAUCGCGUACAUCGGCGACUGGUUUCUCUCGCCCGCCACAACACCAUGGCUGCCGCUUGCUUAG